UGUAGUUUGUAAGAGAGGUCAUAUGAUUUACAUGAACGUGAAUGUGACAGCGUGGAGCGUCUCCAAACCAAACUGCGGCUUGGUCUCAGGUCUGUGAGAAUAAACAGCGUUUCUCGGGAGUGAGGGGUCAAGUUAAAAAGUCGCGAAUGUUUAGCCGAAAUCAGACAGCGAGAGCGACUAUCGCUCGGGGCUCCGCGCUGGAGAUGGAGAUCCGCCGUGGAAAGUUCAGACAAAGUGUUUUCAUGGAAACCCCGCAGGACAGCGACAUCCAGAAGAAGAUCGACUAUGAGAUCCGGAUGCGUGAGGGUGCUUGUAAACUGCUGGCCGCAUGCUCUCAGAGGGACCAGGCACUGGAGGCCUCCAAGAGUCUCCUCACCUGCAACGCCCGCAUCAUGGCCUACAUGUCAGAGCUGCAGCGCAUGAAGGAGGCACAAGUCAUGCAACGGGUCGCACGCAGGUCUUCUGAUGCAGGUCCAAUGGAUGACCGAUCCCCAUGUAAAGGCAAAGUAGCCAUUUCAGGUAUGUUCACAGAAAAGAAUUCAGGCAUUAAGAAUAAAGGAGAGCUGCAUCGGUGUGCUGUGUUCUGUCUGCUUCAGUUGGGUGGAGAGAUCUUUGACACAGACAUGGUGAUGGUGGACAGGACGCUGACAGAUAUCUGCUUUGACAACACAAUUGUCUUUAAUGAGGCCUGUCCAGGGUUCGAGCUGCGGGUGGAGCUGUAUAGCUGUUGUUCAGAGGAGGACUACUCAGCAGGCAGCACACCGCGGAAGCUGGCCAGCAAGCUGAGCUCAUCUCUGGGAAGGUCAGCGGGAAAGAAAAUGAGGGCGGCCUUGGAGCCCGGAGCCUGCAGCCCCACUAGCAAUGGAGGAGGAGCGACAAUCCUGCUGCCUGUGCCCUCUGCACCGGGCCCCAAAUAUCAUCUUUUGGCUCACACAACCCUCAAUGUCUCUCACGUCCAGGAUAGCUUCCGCACACAUGACCUCACCAUCACAGGAAAUGAGGAGUGUUCGUACUGGCUGCCUCUGUAUGGCGGUGUAUGUUGUCGUCUGGCUGCUCAACCUCAGUGUAUGACACAACAGAUGAUGAGUGGCUGUCUGAGGGUAAAGCUUGGAGGUGAGCCACAAGGAUGGACAAAUGUCUACGGUGUUUUAAAAGGAACGAAUCUCUUCUGUUAUCAUCAAAAAGAGGACAUGGAGGCCAACGUGGAGCCUGUCUUAACUAUUGGGAUUAACAAAGAGACGAGAAUCCGGGCCGCAGAGAAGGAUCCUCACAGCAAGGCACAGAAUAUCUGUAUCACUAACCAGUAUGGAGGAGAGGAGGUGACGCACACACUAGCUGCAGACAGCAGAGAAGAGACACAGCGCUGGAUGGAGGCCUUCUGGCAGCAGUUCUAUGAUAUGAGCCAGUGGAGGCAGUGCUGUGAUGACCUGAUGAAGAUUGAGCUGCCUUCCCCACGCAAACCUGCCAUAGUCACACCCAAGCAGGGCUCCUUGUACCAUGAGAUGGUGGCCCCUGCAUCCGGUGAGGGGCUUUUGCUGCAGGAUAACGCUGUCUCUGCUGAGAUCCGAGCUCUGCUCUCCUCCUAUUACAAUGACAGGUGAAGUAACUCUGAUGAGAAGUUACCUGACCCCACCCUCUACUGGCCCACGUGAU